AUGAAGUCUUAUUCUGAAGUGUCAUCUCCUGGCUAUGGAGGGAUCUAUGAGAUUCCAAGUCCUGGUUUCUCAGUGGAAAUAUGUUGGUUCAUUCCAAAUGGUCCUUCCUCUUCCCAGUCGGUGAUCCAAGCAACCCAGCAGCAGCAGCCAUCUGUGAUACAAGCAACCUCGGGACUACAAGCAGUACAUUUUUCUAAGGGGAAUGUCAUUCUUUUGAACACAAGCAAGUCAGGGGGGGUCAUUCAGUCUGCCAGUGGCAACACAUCCAUCCAGGUGGUAGAAACAUCUGAUGAUGCAGAAGAAGAGGCAGCAAAGAAGCGCAGGGAAAUCCUUGCACGGAGACCUUCAUAUCGCAAGAUACUCAAUGAUCUUUCUGGAGCAGAUAUAGCAGAUCGUGAUAGUGAGAGUCCACCAGGUUCAGAAUCCAGCCAGGAGAGUUCCACUGUUACCAUCACAGCUGGAGCCCCCUAUCAAGCAGGACUCCUCAAAGUGAUUCCCGCAUCAGCAAUUCAGCUGACAUCGGGAGGAGGGGUCGUGACAGCAUCAUCCUCAUCACAGGACGGGGGACUUCCUACCCUCACCAUGUCAUCUGCUGGUUCCCCUCAAGGAACUACCAUUGUCCAGUACCAAGGACAGGAUGGACAGUUCUUUGUACCUGUAUCUGCAAACGAGUUGCAAGGGUACCGGCUGCAAGCUGUGGGUGGUGGUGGUGGGGCAUCAGGACUUCCAUCUGGUGUUGUCCUCACUUCAGCCAGUGUGACGAAUGCAGACUCCAUUGUGGAGGAAGCAGCACGCAAGCGCGAAGUGCGACUCCUCAAAAACCGUGAAGCUGCACGAGAGUGCCGACGCAAAAAGAAGGAAUACAUUAAGUGUCUUGAGAACAGAGUUGCUGUCCUUGAAAACCAGAACAAGGCUCUCAUUGAGGAGCUCAAAUCUCUCAAAGAACUCUAUUGCCAAAAGGCCGAGUGAAGGAGGUGUAGGUACGGAUGAACCGAGACAUGGAUAUAUUUGAAGGGGCAUUCUCACAUGUGCACACACUGAGAUACACUGAUGUAUCUCUUUGAGCAAAUUCAGAGCCAAGUUCAAUUUCAGAAUCCUCCCUAGUGGAUCAUCUAGUCGACCUUACACGUUUCCAUUUUUGUUGUUUCCCCUUUCCCCUGCUAUUCCAGUUCCUUUUAAGACAAAUUCUUGCUCUGUUUGUAUGUGCUGAUUUCUUUCUCAAGGGCUGCAUUCCAUGUCUGAUUGUUGCUUUUUUAGCCUUGCCUUUGUCUGAACUCUAUGAAGGUAUGCCUUGCUUUGCACCAUGCAGGAUAAUUAUUUGCUUAUUUUCAUUUUAAAAAAAAGCUUUUGAUUAUUACAACCUCAAAAUCGAUAUGUAUUGAAUGAGCUCUAGGUAAUGUUAUGUGGUUUCCUCAAGAGGCAUUCAGAUUUAUAUCCCAUUUGUGUCUCUCUCUUCCAAUACUUCAUGUUUUAAAAAUAUUGUUCUGUUGGCUUUGUUCUUGAAGCGAGAAAGUGGUGCAUGUUGAUAAUACUUUCACUUUGUUGUCCUAUCAUGGAUGUUCAUUGACCGUCCAGACUCGUUGCUCUCUUGCAUCCAUUUCUGCCUCUUUGUGUCUGGUCUUGGCUUAGUGUCAAAUUGGCCUCCGCUCAGCAUUGCCUGGUUGCAUGUGUGGACUGUGACUUAUCUAGCUUGGAGGAGAGUUAUGUUGCAAAUCAGUUUCAUUGGUGACACGAUCUCAUUGUUUGUGUAACUUCAUUUGGAUUUGAAUCCAUUACCCCCUACCUUCCAAUUUUAGUUGAGUCAAGGUGCAUCUCUGAGGUGCAUUGUUGUUCACCCUUCCAUGUGGGAAAAGAGAAUGAGACCUAUGAUUUUUGUUUGGAUAUACACAGAGUUGAUCCUAUCAUAUCGUGGUUUUUUCAUCCUUGGACUUAUGGCCCACCAAUAUGAAGUGGGGGAUGGCCUGACAGCUUGUCUGUGAUUUUGGUUUUAAAGUAAAUGCAUUUGCGAGGGGUUUUGUGCUUGUGACCUCACCCCUUUUCAUCUUUAAUGAAGGAAAGAGGAACUCGGGUCUCAUAAUUGGUGGGACAAAUGUCCAAGGCCAAUUGCACAUAUAUGAAGAGGUUUGAUUGAUUUGUGUUGAAGUGUGUUUUUUACCAUCCAUCUUCCAUGGCCAGGAGGCAUUCAAGGAAGCUACGUGAAUGUUUUCCAAUGAAAUGGGCAGUGAUUUUUCAUUCCCUAUGGAGUUGA